UGCUUUUCAGCAAUGCCUCUGAGUGCAUAGUUGGUUUGUCAGAUACCAAAUCGGAAAAGAAAUGCCUCUGCCAAGACGCAGAUCGUCCAUCCUGGGCCAGGCUGGUGCAGAAAGACUAGAAAAUGUGAGCAGAAUGAGCACAGGCAAUACCACAACUCGCAGGAGCACGUUCAUGGGCUCAGCAUCAUCUGACAGCACCAGCUGCCUGGGUGCCCGUGUGUCCCGCAGAGCACUGGGCAUCAGCAGCAUCUUCCUGCAGGGACUACACAGCACCAGCGCCCCAGUGCUGCCCAAGCAUGCAGAAAGGGGUGACCUGUUGGGUUCUGAAGGACUUAACAGCUGUCUGCUAGAGUACCGUGAAAAGGUACAUACACUUGAGCAACUCAAUCAGCAGCUGGAAGAACAGAUCCAUAACUACCUGGAUCGCAAGGCCUCCAGCCCCAAGAUAUGGGCCUCACUGAAGCAGGAAUGGGAGGACAUCUACAGACAGGUGAGCGAGGCCAUCCUGGACAAUGCUCGACUUGUGCUUCAGACAGAGAACAUCCAGGCCAAUGCUGAAGAUCUUAAAGAGAGGUUUGAACAUGAACAGCCUUUCUGUAAAGCCAUAGAAGAGGAGAUCAGCUCCCUCUCUAAGGUGAUUGAUGAUGCCAACUUUAUGAAGGUGGAUCUGGAGAACCAAAUUGACCGCAUGAAUGCUGAACUUCUACAACUGACCGAAACUCACGAAGAGGAUGUGAGACAGCUCUAUAACCAGUUGGCUAGCCAUGAGGUUGAUGAGCCUGAUCUGCCUACUGAGACCAGCCUGGAACAGAUAUUGAAUUGUAUCCACUCCCACUGGGAAAAGGUCAUCGAGAAGACACGGGCAGAGACUGAUGCUUACAUAGAGUUCAAGAAGGAAGACAAUGUCAACAAAAAGCUGAGUCAGGAGGAAAUAGAGCUGGAGAAUCUGAAGACAGAAUGUACUGAUGCAAAUGCAAAGAUCCAGAGCCUGCAUGCUGAAACAGAGUCCAUGAGAGCACUGAAACGAGGGCUGGAGAACUCCCUGAAUGAUGCCAAACACUGGCAUGACAUUGAGCUUCAGAACUUGGGCUCGGUCAUUGGGAAGCUAGAGGCAGAGCUCGCUGAUGUGCGUGGAGACAUUGAGCAACAACAGCGUGACAAUGAGACACUUAUCAACAACAAAAAGAGGCUUGAAAUUGAGAUUGAAAUGUAUCAUGGGAUUCUGGAUGGAGAAGAGAACAGAUUUCAGCCAUCAGUGUCCCUGUGUGGUAGAGCAGAAGCUGAAAGAAAAACACAACCUUCUCCUGAACAACAGAAAGCUACAGAAACUGAUAGUACUGAAUGAAAGAGUACACUCGUGG